GGUUCACAUGUCUAACUCGAAUCCAGGAGUUUCCUUCCGGUUUCACGUUCUGCACUCUGCAUAGUCUGCAUCUUUCUUUGCAUUUGUUUUCAUUUCCUGCAUUUUUUUUAUGAAACAGAACGAGUAGACCCCACUGAAGGAACUGUCAACUUCAAUUGCAGCAACCCAAGCUCUCUUUGACUGAACUUUACAAUGGACGACGAGUAUUGGAGUAAAGUGGGGUCAGGAUGCACAAGUUCGGUCCGGGGGAUUCUGGACAUGGACGCCUUCGAGCUCCAGAUCCACCUAAGACUUCGCCACCCUCCGGAAGAAGCUCGAGACAUUUAUUUGAACCGUCCAUGCAUCCUUGUUCAUCCAACAACUCCUCGGAUCAUAUCCGUCAACUAUAUCGCAAAAAAUGUUUACGGAAUCAGUCGGGACAAGGAUAGUGUGAAGGAAGCCCUGAGGAAAUGUCAAGAUCUGAUGGUUGUGAAGAAGAAUAGUCUUCAGAUUCCCACCGGACCCAGUCCAAGUAACCCGAUGGUCGAGAAGGCCGAGGUGGAGGAGCUCAUACGAAGCUCUGACGCCGUGCUCGAUGCAAUUGUGGAGUGGAGAAAAAUGGGAGGACUUCGCAUCAUCCUUUCCAACGUCUCUAACGACGAAACAUUCUUAGACCUUGCAGAAGAGGUAGACAUAAGGAUGAGGAAAAACCCUGCCUUACUCGUUAAUGGUGAGACGAUCGGCCAGAAUACGCACAUGGAAGGUAAGACGAAGUUUAAAGGACCAGCAAUUGCCUUCCGGUAUCACAAUGUUCAUUCCGAGAACAUGGAUCAAUAUUCUGAAGAACGAAGGCUGAUUGUGGGGGCCAUAAUUUUAGAAGAAUUUCGCAAAUAUGUGUUUAAGCAAACUGGAUUGGAAGCGUCUGGUGGGGUCGCUGUCAACAAUUUGGUGGCCAAACUUGCCUGCUCCUUACACAAGCCUGGAGGAAUGACAAUCAUACUGCCAAAUGGAUUCCCACGAAUUUCCAAGCGGAUUCCUAUAGAGAAAGUGCCAACGUGGGGUGGCCAAGUCGGAAAAACAUUAAAAGAGUGUUUUGGCCGAAACAUGUUUGACUUGACACAAAUUCCGGUGAAACUCAUGAGCACUAAAACUGGGCUUGGGUACGAGACGUGCAAAAGGAUUUCCAACAUGGCACAUGGAAUAUAUUUUGAAGAGCUUCGAGAGAAACUCAUGAAAGAAACUUUGACGGUGGGGAUAUCCAACCUGCGAGCAGCAACUUUGUGGUACUCAAAUCUCGACAGGCUUCGAUAUGUUGUCAAAGAACUCUUGGUAGAGCUCUGUGGUCGUCUCGAGCGGGAGGAAAGGCGCCAUCGACGAAAAGCGGACUCUGUACGCGUGGAAUUUCAACUCAACCCAAAGGGUCAUAGAGGACAGGCUCUUCCUAAUCGUGGUUUCACCCUCAACCAGCCAGAAUUUGUGAGGCUGUUGGCGAGUCCCACCAACGUUAGAGUGCAAGACCUGGAGUGGCUUCUCGAUCGGGUCUUCGAAAAUUAUUCUGCCACCAUUUUGCAAGAAUUUCGUGCCGCCACGAUCGUGAAGAUAUCCCUCCAUGUGCCCUCAUUCUCAUCCUUAUGUCCGUCUGUUCCUGAUCCACAGACCAUUGCGCAUGCAUUUUAGAUCUAUUCUCAUGACUUUCAUAUUUUUGUACGACUUAUCGGUGCUUCCUUAUUGUUGACGACAGUCAAGUUUAUAUAUCUUCAGAGAGUUUAUCAAUUUGUAUUGACUAGAGGAUAUUGUUAUACAAAAAUAGAUGAAGUGCAAUAAAUAAACGUAAAAAAUGA